GCUCUGCCCCCCAGGCUGCAGGACCUGGAUCGGGAUGAGGAGAACCUGGGAGAGAAGGAGAGCGUCCAGGAGAAGCUGAGCCUCAUCCACGGCUUCCUGCAGGCCGAGGUGCAGCUGCAGCUCAGCGAGCUCGAGGCCAAGCUGCGCCGCGAGGAGCUCUCGGAGGAGCGUUACCUGGCCAAGGUGAAGGCGCUGCUGCGGCAGGAGCUGUCGGGCCGGAAUGGCGCCGCGGGGGCCGAUCCCGACCCCGAUGAACUGGGGUCCCCUUGGAGAGGGUUUUGGGGUCUCCUGGUUUUGGGGUGUGACAAUUCCCAUUGGGAUCGAGAGCUGGGAUCCCCUUGGGAAGGGUUUUGGGGUCCCCCUGGGAGAGUUUUGGGGCUCUCCUGGCCUUGGGGUGCAGCAGUUCCCGGGGGGAUCCCCUCGGGAAGGGGUUUGGGAUCCACCCCGCUUUUCCCGGCAGAGUCUCCGGCCAGCGCCCGCGUCACCCGCAGCUCCGGCCGGCAGCCGUCCAUCCUCAGCCUCCUGUCCAAAGGGUCCAACAAGCGGAAAUCGGAGGAGGCGAACGGGGAGGCGAAGCCGGAGCUGAUGAGCGUGGAGAAGGAGGAGGAGGAGCUGGAGGAGAAGGACCAAGAGGAGAAGAGGAUGAAGAUGGAAACCAAAGACGGGUUGGAAAUCAAAGACGAAAUCCCUCAGGUUAAAAUCACUGCUCCUGCUAAAACCACCCCCCCAAAAUGCCUCGACUGCCGGCAGUACCUGGACGACCCCGACCUCAAAUUCUUCCAAGGGGACCCCGACGACGCCCUGGAGGAGCCGGAGAUGCUGACGGACGAGCGCUUGUCCAUCUUCGACGCCAACGAGGACGGCUUCGAGAGCUACGAGGACCUCCCCCAGCACAAAGUCACCUCCUUCAGCGUCUACGACAAGAGGGGACAUCUGUGUCCCUUCGACACCGGCCUCAUCGAGAGGAACAUCGAGCUCUACUUCAGCGGCGUCGUCAAACCCAUCUACGACGACAACCCCUGCCUGGACGGUGGGGUGAGAGCCAAGAAGUUGGGGCCCAUCAACGCCUGGUGGAUCACGGGCUUCGACGGCGGCGAGAAGGCGCUGAUCGGCUUCAGCACGGGUGAAGGUCCCAUCCAGGUGAGGCCGGUACCUGUAACCGCGCCCGUGUCCCGGCAGAGCGAUGGCAAGAAGGAUUAUUACCAACGCGUCUGCAUCGACUCCGAGACCCUGGAGGUCGGCGACUGCGUGUCCGUGAGCCCCGACGACCCCACCAAGCCCCUCUACCUGGCCAGGGUGACGGCCAUGUGGGAGGACAGCGGUGGCCAGAUGUUCCACGCCCACUGGUUCUGCCCGGGCUCGGACACCGUCCUGGGGGCCACCUCGGACCCUCUGGAGCUGUUCCUGGUGGACGAGUGCGAGGACAUGCAGCUGUCCUACAUCCACGGCAAGGUCAACGUCAUCUACAAGGCGCCCUCAGACAACUGGGCCAUGGAGGGCGGCCUGGACACGGAGAUCAAGAUGGUGGAGGACGACGGGAGGACCUACUUCUACCAGAUGUGGUACGACCAGGAGUACGCGCGCUUCGAGAGCCCGCCCGGCGCGCGCCCCACCGAGGACAACAAGUACAAGUUCUGCAUGAGCUGCGCGCGCCUGGACGAGGUGAGGCACAAGGAGAUCCCCAAGGUGGCCGAGCCGCUGGAGGAGGCCGACGGGAAGAUGUUCUACGCCGUGGCCACCAAGAACGGCGUCCAGUACCGCGUCGGGGACGGCGUCUACCUGCUGCCGGAGGCCUUCUCCUUCAGCGUGAAGCCGGCCAGCCCGGCCAAGAGGCCCAAGAAGGAGGCGGUGGACGAGGAGCUUCACCCCGAGCACUACCGGAAGUACUCGGAGUACAUCAAGGGCAGCAACCUGGACGCGCCCGACCCCUUCCGCGUGGGCCGCAUCAAGAGCAUCUUCUGCAGCCUGCGCGGCAACGGCAAACCCAACGAGGCCGACAUCAAGCUGGCCAUCUACAAGUUCUACAGGCCCGAGAACACCCACAAGUCCACCAAGGCCAGCUACCACGCCGACAUCAACCUGCUCUACUGGAGCGACGAGGAGACCACGGUGGAGUUCCGGGCGGUGCAGGGCCGCUGCUCCGUGGUCUACGGCGAGGACCUGACCGAGAGCAUCCAGGACUACUCGGCCGGGGGCCCCGACCGCUUCUACUUCCUGGAGGCUUACAACGCCAAAACCAAGAGCUUUGAGGAUCCUCCCAACCACGCCCGGAGCUCGGGGAACAAAGGGAAGGGGAAGGGAAAAGGGAAAGGGAAGGGCAAGGGGAAGGCGGCGAGCGCGGAGCAGAGCGAGCAGGAGCCGCAGCGGCUGCAGCUGCCCAAGCUACGGACGCUGGACGUCUUCUCCGGCUGCGGGGGCCUCUCCGAGGGCUUCCACCAGGCAGGUGAGCUCCAGCGGGCAGGUGAGCUCCUCCAGGUGAGCUCCAGCGGGCAGGUGAGCUCAGCAGGUGAGCUCCAGCGGGCAGGUGAGCUCCAGCAGGUGAGCUCCUCCAGGUGAGCUCCAGCGGGCAGGUGAGCUCCAGGUGAG